AUGACAAGCAGUGGCGAUCAGGCAGGAGGCCUGACGAAAGGCCGGGACGGCAUUCCGUCAUGGGACGGAACAACAAGCAGCUUCCAAUCCUACGUGGAAGCUGCAGAACUCUAUGAACAAGGCACUCCGUACCACAAGAGAUACCUUUGUGGACCAAAGCUACAGGCCGAGCUGACGGGGACAGCACGGCGACAUGUGGUGGGCCAGCGACCCGACUGGCUAUCACAUGAACAAGGUGUUCACACACUUCUCCAACACUUAAGGAAGUGUUUGGGGAAGCCGCAGCUUCCCGAGCUCACCGAGCUUCUCGCGCAGUACUUCAAGGGCUCUCGCAGGUACCAUGGCGAGGGAAUGGGAAGCUACAUCUCCCGAAAGUGCGAACUCUACAUCCGUGCCCAACAGGCAAUGAGUCGAGUACAACCCCAUCAUGAUACAGCGGCCCAGACGAGGUGGGCCAGUCGUGGUAACUAUGGGUACAGCGACUACGGGGGCACCUACAGUAGAAGGAGCAGUUUGGAUUCCCAUGUCAGCGACGGGGAUACAGAGGCGGACACAGUGGACACCCAGGCAGCGGCACCCACAGCUACGCCAGCCGCAACAGGAGCCAAUGCAGGACAUGAUGAAGAUCAUGCCUGGAACCCCAAUGGGGGUGACUGGGCCAGGAGCCAAUGGGGAUGGCAGGGAUGGGACUGGAACACUUCGUGGGCCGAGUACCCAUAUGGGGCAUGGACAUGGCCCCGGACAACAAGGGAUGAGAGGACAACCCUGCCAGAGUUGGUUCCCGAAUUUGUUCAAGCUUGGUUUCUGCUACAAGACGCGGGGCUAGAGCAGAGUGAAAAGAACUUGGUCUUGACCGCCAUCAAAGGCGAGAUGGACCUUCAGAAGAUGGCCCAGGAGCUGCGGACGCAGUUUCCCGAGCCAGAGCUCAAACGCCGGGACAGCCAUCGCCGCCAACACCACGGCCUCAUGGGGAUGCCCACCGAGGAGGACGACGGUGGCGACGAUGAGGGUGAGGCCGGACAUGACCUGGCCUUCGAGGCGGAAGAGGAGCUCACGGACGAAGGCUACGCGCUGUGGAGCAGCGCCACCGAGGAGGCGGAACAGGCCUUCGCAGCCUUGCAAGGGGCCCGCCGGACCUUAAAGGAAGCCAGGGAGCGACAGAAGCAGGUGCGGCUCAAUCGUCGUUACUUCCGGGGACCCGGUGGCGGCAAAGGAGGCAGCAGCGGACCUCGUGAUGAUUCGAAGAUCAGCUGCUUCAAUUGUGGCCAGAUGGGGCAUAGGACAGCCAACUGUCCUAAGAAGAAGGGUCCAGGGGCGCCACCAGAGAACAUGGCACCCUUCGUGUGCUAUGCAGGCUACCAGGAGGACAACCCCGAGCAGCAGGCCUUGGCAGUGAACGCACCCACCACUCAGGAAGCCAUCCUUCAGGGCAAGUGCGUCGUAGACAGCGGCGCCACCAAGAGCCUGGGAUCAGUCAAGGCUCUCGAACAGGUGAUGAAUCGAGCAGCCGGCGUGGUGAACCACAUUGACCUUCAAGACCGCCCAGUGUUCGGCUUCGGCAACAGCUCGGAGGAUGCCUGCAUUUCAACAGUUCACCUUAACGUGAGUGCAGGGGGCAAGCCAGGGACUCUCAAGGUUCAUGCUUUGGACACUGGAGAAGGACCCAUCCUUUUCUCCAUCGAUGCUCUCAGGUCCUUAGGGGCGAUCGUGGACUACAGCGCCGAUCUAAUGGUUCUCAGGAACCUGGAUAAGCACCAGCUCAUCCGGCUCGAGCGCUCCAGUGCAGGACAUCAACUUUUCCCGCUCACUGAGGAUUUCUUCGAGCAUGCUGAGCCCGCAAUCAUGGAAGAGCUUCGUUUGGCAUUGGCCCAGUUGGGGGAGCAACCCCCCAGCAGUUGGACCAAGGUCGAACUGCGUCUUCGCUUGGAGCAGGUCACGGGCGAGGACAUGAGCCAGAAGAUCAAGAAAAAGCCCAUCGACCGCUCCCCCUACGAGAUCAUGGUGGCCCAGCUCAAUGCCUCCAGCAAAAACAAACGGACGCUGAUCAACUUCUGCGAGCGGGAUCUCAUGAUGCACAAUCUGGAUCGUUGGAGUAUCCCAAGGAUCCAACACGAGGCCAUGAAGAAGAUCUACAACCAGACCGCGGCACACCCAUCAGACCUGGUGGGGUUCGGGGCCCAUGCAGCCCUGACGUAUCGCCAGAUCCAGCACGAGCAGGAGGGCUACUGUCUGUGGCUGAAGAAGGAAGCCAAGAAGGGGCCCGACGAGUGCGAUGCCAGAUUGAUUCGGCUUGCCAAUUGGUUGGAGAUGGAGGGCGACAUCGAGAUGAAGGCCUCCGAGUCCAAGAUCAAUGUGCUCAAGCUUGCAGCUGCCAAAAAGGCUUCAAAGCCCGAGGCCGCCAGCUCAUCCGAGAAUACGGAGGUGCUCCUUCGGAACAUGUACGAGACGAUCGAGGGCCUCAAGGAGGAGAUUGCGAGCCUCAAGGGCGAGCCACAACGCAAAGCGGCCGCAAGCCGCGAGACGCACACGGAGACAAAGUCCCCGGACAUGAAGCCGACAACACCUUCGAGCGGGAAGAAGGGCUUAGUCCGAGGGAAUAGGCCAGUGAUGAUGGAGAUUGCUUGCCAGCCUAGCAGUCUGCUGGCGGCCAAGAUCCAGGAGCUUGCACAGGAUGAGCACGCCGCCGUGCGGUGUUCCAAGUGGAAUGCGUGUGACUUAGAGACUAAUGAUGGUGUGCCGUCGCCAAAGGAUGCCGAGUGGGACUACGAGCAGGCCAGUUUGGUGAAGGGGAACGGUGCACAUGCCGGGAUGUUCACUUGCCCCAAAGACCCCGAAGUUGCGGACAAUGUUGUCUGCGAAGUGCGGAUGAUGCGACAAAACAAUCAUGGCUACUUGAUCCUUGGAAUGUAUGCCUAUGGCAAUCACUAUGGUGUGACAAACCACACACGCCAACUGCCGUGGACCACUAAGUACCUGCUCCAGUAUUUGCAGUACCAGGCUAAGGUUGGGACCUGGAACCGAGUCAUAGGAUACCUUCGUGAGGGUUGGGCUCAGUACUUCGGAAUGCCUCGUGCCCUGAGGGUUGACCCGGCAGGUUGUUUUCGAGGUGAGGCGAUGGUUGAAUUCUGUGAUCGGAACAGUAUUUACCUGGACAUCAUUCCGGCCGAUGGCCACUGGCAAGUGGGGGUUUGUGAGCAAGCUGUUCAGGGAGUGAAGUCUGUGAUGCAUAAGCUUGCGGCAGAUGAUGAGGAAGCCUCCGUCGAGACGCUUUUGGCCCAGGCCGUGCAUGUCUUUAAUGCCAGGGAUCAUGUGAGGGGGUUUUCUCCAGUGCAACAUGUUUUUGGAAGAAGCCCGGACAUCACGGGCCGACUGGUAGCCACCCCGCACCAAGUGCCCGACGAGCUAGUGGUUGAGAGCGCGUGUGAAGACUUCGAACGGUCAGCACGGCUGCGCGCAGAAGCGGAGAAAGCUCACGCGCAGUGGCACACGGAGCAACGGAUCAGCAGAGCGCUGAAUUCUCGCACCAAGCCGGUGUACGAUUAUCGGCCAGGAGAUUUGAUCUAUUUCUGGCGUAGCCAGGAGUCCGGCCAAGGCCGGAAAAAGCCAGGAACCAAGCAUGGCCGAUACUUAGGGCCCGCCCGUGUGCUGGCCACUGAGACGCGGAAGGAGAGCGACGGCACCUUGCGACCAGGCAGUGCAGUGUGGUGUGUGAGAGGAAGGUCACUCAUCAAGUGCUGCCCGGAACAACUCCGACACGCGUCGGAGAGAGAAGAGCUGCUGGAAGGAUUAUCCCGUGAGCACGGCCAGGAGGAGACCCCCUGGACAUUCACGAAAGUGGCUGAGGAGAUUGGAGGCAACCAGUAUGAAGACGUCUCCAUGGAGAAGCCCAGCGACGAGGAGUGGAGCCGAGCUCAGGACGUGACACGAGAAGCCCCGCCCACACGUUACAGGUUUCGGGGGAAGCGAGCCGUCCCCGAACCAUCGGAAGAGAUGGAUCCGGCCCCCGAGGAGGAGCACAGUCCAUCUCAGAGUUCACAACCCGCGCGACGACGCGACAGGUUCCAGGCACACUCGGCGGCCUACAACGCGAAGGGCGAGACGUGGACACAGAAGGUGCCCGAGUCAGCAUGGUCGGCCCAAGUGGUGGACUACUGGACCGCCAACGACGCGGCCGUGGAGGUGAGUUUGGAGCUACCCGACACAGCAAAAGCGUGGAGCAAAGCGACUCAAAACUUCCAGGGAUACUUCAUUGGAGCGCUCAAGCGGCGCGCCGUUGAAGUGUCGGAGAAACGCUUGAGCCCCCAGGAAUUGGCGCAGUUCAAAGAGGCGAAAGCCAUCGAGGUGAAAAAUUUUAUUGCAGCUGAAGCCUUCCAGGCCCUACCUCCCCACUUACGACCUCACCACAGCCAAGCAAUCGGCAUGAGGUGGCUCCUAACCUGGAAGCCGAGAGAAGACGGGAGCAAGAAGGCUAAAGCCAGAGCAGUAUUACUAGGCUACCAAGAUGUUGCCUACGAACACCGAGCGACCACUUCUCCCGUGAUGACUAGGCAGUCACGCCAGAUGUUAUUGCAGGCAGCAGCCAACCACCAUUGGACAGUGCAUAAAGGAGAUGUGUCUGGAGCGUUCUUGCAGGGCAGGCCAUAUCCGGAUGAUCUUUAUUGCAUUCCUUGCGAUGAAAUCUGCCAGGCGAUGAAUCUGCCCGCCGGCACAGUGACCAAGCUCAAGCGGGCUUGCUAUGGUCUGGUGGAUGCCCCCUUGGAGUGGUACAAGACCGUCCACGAGUUCUUUAUGAGCUUAGGAGUCUUGGGUGCCAUUAGCUGGCACGCGCAGCAGGUAGCACCUCAGUACUCUGCUGAGGUCAGCCUGUUGCUGUCUGAGGUGAACAAGGGGACAGUGGACACGGUGAUUCGAACGAAUCAGCUGUUGGCAAAUGCCAAGGCUCAGAAGGGUCACUGCCUCAGGAUCCACAGGUUUCCUGCGGAUCAGCAGCUGGGCCUGUUUGCCUGGGUGGAUGCGGGAAGCCAGAAUCGCCCCGACGGCGGUUCUACCCAAGGCAUAGUGAUUGGCCUGGCUCCAGUGAGCUUAUUGCAGGGAGAUGUGUGUCCUAUAAGCUUAAUGGCCUGGCACUCAAACCGCAUCGAACGGACAUGCCGAAGUCCUGGGGCGGCAGAGACCCAAGCAGCAGUUUCAGGAGAGGAUCUGCUGUACUAUGCUCGCUACGAGUGGAGCGAGAUCAUGUUCGGUGUAGCAGAUGCUAAGGCACCGGAUGCGGCAGUGACUAAGGUGACUGGCGCGGUCAUUUCUGAUUCGCGCAAUGUGUUUGACAAACUGCAAACAGAAGUGCUCAGCAUCAAAGGGGCAGAGCGGAAGGCUGACAUCGAGCUGUUGAGUAUCAAGGAGGCUCAGCAGCGCACUAAGGUGUUGGUCCGUUGGGUUCACUCAGAAGCUCAACUGGCAAACUCUUUGACUAAGUGCGGCGGAAGCAAGGAGAUUGAGCUCUUCUACAAGAUGAACAGUUCAUGGCGGAUAGUCGAAGAUGAGCAAAUGCGCUCAGCACGAAAGCGAAAG